AUGAGCCCUACCGAUGAUCCAGGAUCUCAUAGCGCUGGUAGCGAUGAUAGUGAUGAUGGCGAACAGCAACACGAGACAUCCCCGCAAAAUGCCAAAAAACCGAGAUCCAGUAGAGCCUGUGUGGCUUGUCGACGUAUGAAAACACGAUGCGAAAUUGAUGAGGCUCUGGGAACAGCAUGUAAACUAUGUAUCCGAGCCCGAAGACAAUGUAUUAUGCAAACUCUUCCUCGGCGAAGAAAGCGGAAGACCACAGAGAGGGUGGCUGAUUUAGAGCGAAAAAUCAACACUCUAACCGCACUCCUCGCUUCUAACGAAUCUGUCCACUCUGGUGACCCAUCUCCGGGCUCUGGCGGCGAGAGCAUUUCUAGUCGCCACAAAAGCCAGGAUCCAGAGCAGACAGCAGACAAUUCCCAGACACUCAUUGGAAAAGCUCUAAGUCGGGGACUAUUGGAUUGGCCAACUGCCUGCAAAGCAUUCGAUCGUUACCGAAAGGAAAUGUGCCUUUAUUUCCCUUUCGUAGUGUUCCCUGCUACGACUGAUGCAAGCAUGGUGAAAGAGCAACAGCCACUCCUGUUCUUCGCUAUUUGUACCGUUGCAAUGGCGACAAUGCGUGGACCGGUCAAUCCGGAACUGUGGGACAUGCUCACCAGAGACCUAGCCUUACGCAUCAUGUACCGAGCCGAGAGAUCCCUCGAACUAGUUCAAGUUCUUCUCAUCCAUAUUUCAUGGUACACGCGGGGCAAGGAAAUGCGAGAACUGAACUUCAAUCAGAUGAUACACAUCGCUUGUGCAAUGGGUUUGGACAUUGGACUUGGGAGAAGAUCGCACAAGUCUGUCCAGUCUGAUGACCCUCACCGACUUGAGUCGCUGGCAGGAAGACGAGCGUGGCUGGGCUGUUAUUAUAUGGGCACAAACAUUGCCAUGUCUCUUCGUCAUCCGGCCGCCAUCCGUUGGUCUGUGUACAUCGAAGAAUGUCUCGACGUCCUCUCCUCCGCGCCUAGUGCAUUACCGAGCGACCGAUGGCUUUGCGAUUUGAUUAGAAUCCAGCAUAUAGCGGAAGAUGCAUCAAUGGUAUUCUCUAUGGACGAUCCAGGAUCAGUCAUAAGCUUUAGGGAUGUGAAGACUCAAUAUCAUAUCGGAGGCUUCCAUCAACAACUGGAACAGUGGCGCCGACAUGCUCAUAGCAAUCUCCAUCAAGGCUUUGUGCGCCACAUCGAAGCUACGACAACUUUGUAUGUCAAUGAGGUCGCCAUCCAUUCGGAACAUAACAUCGACGAAUUACGAUCACCUCUCCGGCCGCCGGCACAAAACGAAGCAUUGAGUCAUGAUUAUAAUGCUACAUCUUCGACUGAGUCGCAAUUUGCUCCAGCUCGCAUCGAGUGCCUAUUUACCUGUCUCUCCGCUAUUCAUAACUGCUUUGAUGCCUUGCUAUCCAUGGAUAUAUCAACCUUGGCCACCUUACCCAAUUUUUUCCUUGUUCGGACUGGUUACGCUGCUAGAGCGCUUCGGAAAUUGCUCAGUAUCUGUGAGAAUCAAGCAGCCCUGACAGGCCAGUUCCAGAUCAACGUGAAGGACUUAAAGUUCGAGGAAUAUAUGACCUCACUCAUUCAUCUCCUCGCAAGGAUUCAUGAAGAGACAAACGCUCACGUGGCUCGCGCAUUUUGCUUGGUUAUUACGCAAAUAAAACAACACGGCCUUAAGUCACUAAAGCCGUCAAUAUUUACUGAUUGUACUGCAAAGCUACCCCAGAUCGACGCACAACUCGAGAAAGAAGGGUUCCAGGGUUCAGGUUUCGGACCAAGCACCACAGGACCACCCAAAGUAGCAACUACGGCUAGCGCCAUCUCUGGGAAGCAGAUGCCUUCGAUAUCAGAGGUUUCUUAUGGGGCCGUGAGUGCUCCUCCCCAGAUGCCACUUGAGCUGCAAAGUUCAAGCUGGCUUGACAGCACUGCCACUGGAGGCAGUCUGCCCCUGUGGCAGGCCGGGUCUUUCGAUGCUGGAAUGACAGGGGACGACUUGCAAUGGUUCGAACAGGACUUCCCAUUUGAUGACAUCGAAAUGUAUCCCAUUGAGGAUCCAAACUAUGCCGUCGAAAACUCCACGUUUCACCAGACAUACCCAUCUUGA